GGUGUUUGUGUAUGUGUGUGUGUGCACCUAAGGGUGUGUGUGUGUGCGCGCGCGUAAGGGUGUGUAUGUGUGUGUGUAUAAAUAUGUGUGUUAGUUCACAGAGUGCUCUCUCAAGCAGAACAGAACAGCGCUGUGAGGACAGAAAGCCAUGUUCAUACUACUCUGCCGAUACAUCCGCGUGUUCGCCUACCCCGGCGACGACGUCACACUGUCUUCUCACCUCUCGCCCGAAACCAGCGCCGUGUCCAUGGAGGUCCGGUGGUUUCGGGGGACCGAGUGCAUUUACGUGUAUAAUAAGGGGCAGGUGAGCGUCGGGAAGGGCUACGAGGGACGGGCGAGCCUGUCGACCCGGGAGCUGCGUAACGGAAACGUGUCUCUGACCCUGAAAUCCAUCUCACCCUUGGACACGGGGAUCUACAGCUGUCAGGUGCUUACUGGCCACAACAAGGUGGAGAAAUCGAUCCAUUUGUAUAUGUCAGGAAUGGAGCCAAUUUCACCUGAUCUAACGGAACCGAAGCUCACGGAAAAAGACAGUGCGGAGAUGGAAGAAUCUGUCAUCAUACUCGAAUUGAAGAAAUUAUUACAGCAAAGGGAAAAAGAGCUUGAAGAUAAAACCAGAGAGUUGGAAGCCAUGAUCGAAAUGCUGAAGGCCAAGUCGGGUCUCCUGCUGUACAAGGAUACGGACCUGGCCAAUAUGAGUGAACUUGUGCAUCAGAAAGAGGAACAUUUAAAGAAGGUGCUGAGUGAGCUGGAGAGGUUUAAGAGGCAAUUGGAGCAGCUGGAACAGAAGCUGCAGGAGAAGGAUGCGCUGAUCCAGGAGCUUCGAGUCGUUCUGAGGGACCAAGAGCAAAACCUGGAAGAGGAGAUGAAGAAACAUCUGGGGAAACAAGUAGAAGAGCAGAUUACAGAAGGAGUCAAAAACACGGCGCAAGACACCACAAACACCCAGGAAUCGGUCCGUUUAAUCGAGUUGAAGAACCAACUGCAGAACAAAGAAAAAGAGCUGGAAGAUAAAGCGAAGGAGUUCGAGAGCACGUCAGGAGAGCUGAGCAGGAUGACGAAGCUGCUACAAGACCGAGAGACGGACGUGCGGAAUUUAGCAAACGAGCGAGACGGAUUUAUGAAGAACAUGACCAGCGAGAUGGAGAUGUGUUUACGGGAGCUGGAGACACUGGGACAGAAGCUGCAGGAGAAGAACGCGCAGGUCGAGGAGCUGAGAGUCAUUCUGCAAGAGAAAGAGCGAGAACUGGAGGAGGAGAAGAAACGUGGACAUGUGAAUACAGAGAAUAAAACAGCAGAUGUUUCUCACGUCGCGUUCAGCAGAACGUACCAAAACCCGAAGGAGCAGCUGGAAGAGAUGGAGAACUGGAUUGCCAAACAGAGAGAGAAGAGAAGACUGAAAGAAGAGGAGGAGAGGACGGAGGUUCUCGAGAAAGAGUUUCUCGAUUACGUCUCGGCGGUGAAAGAACUGAUCACGAAGAAAUACGAGAAGAUCCUGGCUUGGUCCAAGAUGAUGGCCGUGCUUCAGGAAAAGCUAGCGGUCGUAGAGACGGACGAGGAAAGGCAGGCGCUCCAGGAGCAGCUGAAGAAAGCUUCAGAAAUGCAGAAGCAAGGUGAAGAACAGAUAGAGCAACUGACCGAAGACAUCGAGGAAAAGAGGAACGCGAUCGAAGAGAAGCACAAGCACGAGAUCGAAGAGAUCAGGGAGAAAUACAGCACCGUGUCCAAGAUCCAAGCAGAAACAAACAUCCUGAACGUCAUCCUUCCUGACAUCCGGUCGUACUUUCAGAACAUGGCAGCGAAAGCGGGCGCUGACGGAGAAACACGGACGCCAGAGUUCUCGCACGCAGGCAGAGUGGAAAUCAGCGUGGAGAAGAAGAUGCUGGAAACCGUGGUAGAGGAGGAGACCUGGCAACCCGACGAUCUGAACAGCGAGGACGGAGAUACGGACGACGAAGGCAACAAAAUGGUGAACGGUGUGAUGAUAAUCAGAGAGCGAGAAAUAAACAAAGGAGUGCAGGAGAAAGUGAGGGAAGCGAAGACGCAUGAUGAAACUGACGCGCAGUAAUGAAACCAAGAACAUUUCACAUGGGUGUGAUCAAAGUAGAACCAGCUACUGUAACUUUUCACACUGAUGCCAAUGGCGUUCACAACCCGGCGCAGGUAGACCGUGUUUACUAACAAGAUUUAAUUAACGAAACAUCGUACUGGGUUUGUUUGCAGUGUUCAUUGUUUAAUUAAAAAUGACAUCACCAUCGUA